AUGGUCAAAAGCCCUAGGCCCGACUCAGCAGUUAGUCUACCCAGACUGGUACCCUCCGCCGACAAGCACAAGGAGACCUCAGCUGUUGUGUCCCUUGGGGAGUAUGAGGGCACGAUGAAGGUCCUCAUUGAGUACUGCCAACGAUGCUACAGACACCCAUGGUAUGUUCAUCACAACGAGGAGAAAUACUUCACACAGUUCAUGGACAUCGCUGGUCGCAUUAGUCAAGCGUUCCCCGAGGUCGGCGAGAUCGUUGAUGUCAAGGACCCUCGUAUCGGCGCCUUGGAGAUAACCGUUGUGAAUGGUACACACCAGCAAAUGGCCCAACGUGUCGAAUAUUUUAGACCGUAUAAGACGAGUUGCCCACAGGAUGGUGACGUCGGAGGGUAG